AGUAAACAAUAAGGAUUAGCGAAUGCGUGAUAUGAGUGCUGUAGACAAUGGCGGCGCCAGCCACUACGCUCUGGGGGGGACAAAACAAAAUAUUUUGGACCACGCCUCUUUUAGCACCAGAAAACCCCCUUUUACUAGCAAGGAACGCAAUUUUUACCUGAAGGGAACGCCCAUUACUCACUUUUGGCUAUGUAAAGGCAGUUUGAAAAUCAUAGGAUUGCAUCACAAAAAGUACGUUGCCAAAAUAUUAAAUGUGAUGGAAUGAAUGAGAAGGAAAAAUUGAUGUAAACAGGCCUAAGUAGAGUCACUACAGAUCCACAAAACCACCCUUCCCCACUACCUUUGGGCAAGAAUUUCCAGCAGGACAACACAGGAGAUUCUUACGCAGUAUAGAAAUCUACAUUCUGUCCCCGUGAAGGCUAGAAAAUAUCAUCUUUAAUUAUAGGCAUCCAGUUGAUUCAUAUCUAGGUUUUCAUUAUUUUUGAGAGCCCACAACAAUGAACGGUUUUUAGUCAAUUUGACCUGUGAUGCUCUUUUCUCUUGCGAUUCUUAAACUCAAGGGAUGUGGUUUAAUCUGAGUCAUUAUAAAGAGGAAUGAUCUGAAAACUUUUUGUUGAUCCGUUGGUGAUCUCUUCGUUCAAGUUUUCCGAGAUACCGUGACCUAACCGAACGCACCGCCAAAUCUCUAUAUCGCCACACAGCAUAAAUUCUAGAGCUCGUAUUAGGCCUUUCUGUAACGGUUUGAGUAACCGAUAACUAGAAUAAAUACCAAACCUAGCGCAAGCUAUUCAUUCAAUGUUUGCUUUUUUCAAAGCCAUUUUCAAUUUCUGUACCGCCAAAAUACUGCUAUUCAUUCAAAGGUAGAAAUCAUUUUUGUCCUUAGUUAGUCCUUAGUCCUAAGUCCUUGGUCCAAAAGUUUUUUGAAAGCGAGGCAAUUUUUUGGCGGGAAUAUUGGAAUGCUGGCGAAUCAGUUUCUAAGACAACGCUGAAAAUGGCUGACAGUGAGCUCGUCUGUAAUUUCAGAAAAUGUAGGAAAAGACUCACGGAGUACGCCUGGGUUACGUCUUGCUCUCAUAUUUUUUGUGACGAAGAUGGAACGAAACAGUUUAACAAAUCAUACAAAUGUCCGGCUUGUGAAGCAAAUCUACCUGGAAAAUUUGAUAUCAUUAGGGUUGAUCUCCAGCCUGCUGAAGAAUACAAGUCCAUGGUCCUUGCUGGUCUUAAGCCAGAAAUUAUAAUGGAAAUUUGUUCUAGAGCCAUUGCUUUUUGGUCAUACCAGGCAUACAGUGAAAGAGUAUACCAUGAGUAUGUAUCGACAAGAGCAAAAGAGUCAAAGAACCAGCUCGAGAAGUACUACGAGCAGCUUCUUGCACAAAUUCAAAAUGAACUGAGUAAUGUCAAGUCAGAAAUGAACAUUAAAACAAAGGAGCUCACUGAUACAAAGCAAAGGCUCUCUGAAGUAACAGAAAAACUCUCUGAUAAGGGAAGACAGUUACAGAGGCUUCAAACGAUGUACGACUCUUUACGAAGAAAAACUGUCAACCCGGCUAUUUUGACAGAGCAUUAUGGAAACACUGAGGUUUUGAAUGCAAUGAAAACCUCUUUCACCCUUCCAAUUGGAACAACAUCAGGUAUUCCAAAGGCAUUACCAAAUGAGAUUGAUAUGCCACAAAGGCCAGUCCCGGAUGCCACUCCUAACAGUAAGUUGCUUCAUUUUAUAAAGCUUACGGUAAGCGUUCUUUUUACUCGUGGAUGUAAUGUUGGACUUUUGAAGCAUUGGGUUUUGCAAGCGCAGAUUUGCUCCAAGACCAAACAUCGAUCUUGGUCUUUCUAUCUUAAAUUCAUGGUUUGCUGGUGACUGACACUCUUCAGAAUUUGUUAAAUUGUGAAAAAAUAUAUCUUUAUACUUAUCAUCAAAGUACCUCAGCUAACAACUUUUCGAACCUCUCCUUGCAAAUUUGCAGCUAU